GGGGCCUGGUCGGUCCGCCUCUCCUCUGCGGCGCUGAGCAACUGAGUGACUGGCUUCUGCAUAUCAUCCUUGGGAAGCCCAAGGCACCAGGUGAUGGCAACUUUGCGUCUUUCUGUUCUGCCCCAGGCAAAAGUGACCUUUGAGGAUGUGGCUGUGCUUCUCUCCCAGGAAGAAUGGGGCCAUUUGGGCCCUGCUCAAAGAGGCCUCUACAGGGAUGUGAUGCUGGAAACCUAUGGCAACCUGGUCUCCCUGGGAGCUGGACCUGCAAGUCCCAAACCUGGGGUGAUUGCACAGUUGGAGCAAGGGGGUGAGCCGUGGGUCCUGGACACGCAGGGCGCCGAGGGGAGAAAGCGACUAAGAAUCGAUGACUCAGCUCAUGGGUCCAGAACUGAGUACAAGGAGUUGACUUCAGGGGAGAUGCUUAAUGGAGAACAACUGGGCCAACUCAGGGGAACUAUUCUACAGGGAUCUAAGCCUGGAGAACCCCAUGAGCAUGUCAGGGAGUCAGAGGAGAACCUGGACAAGUCAGGAGGGCAGAGAGGCCCCAGGCCAGUCAUGGUGACCAACAAGGAAAGCAGCCAAGUGUCUGGGGGAAGCCUCAGGUUGGAGUUAAGCCCUGUCCUUGAUCAGAGACCUCACAAAUGUGAUAUAUGUGAACAAAGUUUCGAACAGAGAUCAUACCUCAAUAACCAUAAGCGUGUACACAGGUCAAAGAAAACAAAUAUAGUGCAUGAUUCUGGGGAAAUCUUCAAUGCUAAUUUAGCUGCUCAAGAUCAUAAAAGUACUGUUGGAAAAAAGUUGCAUUAUUGUGGUUACUGUGGGAAAACCUUCAGGUAUAGUGCUAACCUUGUCAAGCACCAGAGACUUCACAGUGAAGAGAAGCCCUACAAGUGUGAUGAGUGUGGGAAAGCCUUCAGCCAGAGCUGUGAGUUCAUCAAUCACCGAAGGAUGCACUCAGGGGAGAUCCCAUACCAUUGUGAUGAGUGUGGGAAGACAUUCAAUCGAAGGCCCAAUCUCAUGAAACAUCAGAGAAUUCACACCGGGGAGAAGCCCUACAAGUGUGGUGAGUGUGGGAAACACUUCAGUGCCUACUCUUCUCUUAUCUAUCAUCAGAGAAUUCACACUGGAGAGAAACCCUAUAAGUGUAAUGAAUGUGGAAAAGCCUUCAGUGACAGCUCAAUCCUUAUACGACACCGUCGGACUCAUACUGGAGAGAAGCCAUUUGAGUGUAAAGAAUGUGGCAAAGGCUUUACCCAAAGUUCUAACCUUAUUCAGCAUCAAAGAAUUCACACUGGAGAGAAACCCUAUAAAUGUAAUGAAUGUGAGAAAGCCUUCAUCCAAAAAACCAAACUGGUUGAACAUCAGAGAAGCCACACCGGAGAAAAACCCUAUGAGUGUAAUGACUGUGGCAAAGUCUUCAGCCAGAGCACACACCUCAUCCAGCAUCAGAGAAUCCACACAGGAGAGAAACCCUACAAGUGCAGUGAGUGUGGGAAGGCCUUCCAUAACAGUUCCAGACUCAUCCACCACCAGAGGUCACACCACGGAGAAAAGCCAUACAAAUGCAGUGCUUGCAAGAAAGCCUUUAGCCAGGGUACUUAUCUCAUCCAACACCAAAGGAUACAUACGGGGGAGAAGCCCUACAAAUGCAGUGAGUGUGGAAAGGCCUUCCGGCACAGUUCCAAUGUGUUCCAGCAUCAGAGGAUUCAUCUCCGGGAAGAUGUCUCAAUGUGAUGAUGAAGGAGGACCAAUGAGUCCUACUGUCUAUUUUUUCCACAUGAUUCAUCCCACCUCUUUAUUUAUUGUCCACAUAGUGGUGUCAUUAGUUGAAAGGGCAUUUCUAUUUAAUUAUAAAAUAAUCUUAAAAGCAGAGCAUGUUCAUUUUAUAGAAAUUAAGAGAAAGUUCUGAGCAAAAAGAAGUUAAUUUAAUCUUCCUCACUUAGAAUAAAAGUAUUCAUCACUGCUGACUUAGUCUGUUUAUUUUCAGACACACAGAAGAACAUUUUAAAGAAAAUACUGUUAUGCUUAUUGCAGCAUCAAAGAACUUCACAAUUGCUAACUCUUUAAUACCAGAAGAUUCAUAUUGUGGAGAAUUCCACAUAUUUACUUAUUUUACAUGUUAUGAGAAGUUAACAUUGUUCAUACUUCUCCCAGUCACUUAACAGAGAUAAUUGCAUUUUUGAGUUAAAAUAUGCAUAAUAUAAAAUGUACUAGUUUGACAAUAUUUUAGUUACAAUUCACUGACAUUAGUACAGUCGCAAUGUUAUAUAACCAUCAGCACUAUUUCCAGAACUUUUUUUAUCCCAAACAGGAUGUCAUUCAACAAUAACACUCCAUUCUCUCCUUCUCACAGUUACUAGCAAGGCUUUUCUAUUUCCUUUCCCUAUAUCUUUGCCUAUUCUAGGGAUAUGUAAGUAAAAUCAUACACUAUUUGUCCUUUAUGUCUGGCUUGUUUCACUUAGCAUGUUUUCAAGAUUUUUUUGUGUUGUAACCUGUAUAAGAACAGCAUUCAUUUUUAUGGUGUAAUAAUAAUCAUUGUAUAUAAAUGAAACAUUUUGUUUAUCCAUGCAUUUGUUGACUAAUAUGCAUAAUGCUGCUAUGAACAUUCGUAUACAAGUUUCUGUCUCUAUUUUGGAGUAUUUACAUGAUGAUUUUCUUUUUAA